AUGACGAAUCCUUCCCCACACUUAAGUGUUGCACGGUCCUCCGUGCACGAACACAAUCCGGGGAGAAUGAAGCUUUACGCUCCUCCACUGUCAGCUGACGAAUGCGGGGGCUUGGGUUGUGUGGAGAUCGCCAAGUCCAAUGCAUUCUCAGCAUCUUCGUCCACGGUGUUCUUCUCCUCUCCCGGCUCCUCGCCUUUAUACGGUCCUGCACUUGAUUGGUUGUGUGCUUUGUCUGCAGGUUCUAUCUCGCGAUUUCAGCAGCUGGCGAAGCUAUUUGAAGAACACUUUGCUGGAUCUGCAAUUUACCUUCAUGAUUCGAAUUAUCUGAAUACAAUCAAGCAAGGCCAAAAUGAAAGCCUGAAGGAUUACAUGACUCGUUUCACCAAAGUCGCCAUUAGCAUACCAGACCUUCACCCUGAGGUCCAUCUUCACGCAAUCAAAAGCGGACUCCGGCCUAGAAAGUUCCAAGAAACCAUUGCUGUGGCUAAGCCGAAGACUCUCGCCGAGUUCCGUGAAAAGGCCAAAGGCCGAAUUGAUAUCGUGGAACUUAGACAAGCUCGAAAGUCGGACAAAACACAUUUCAGAGAAGACGACAAGGUCCAAAGCAGUAAGAAAAAUUUUAAGCUAACUCCUCGAUUUGAUUCUUACACGCAGUUCAACACCAAACGCGAGGACAUCAUAAAAGAAAUCCUAAAUUCAAAAUUAAUCAAACCAUCAAGGAAGGAUGGCACCUAUCAAGAUGCUAAGAACGUGGACAAAUCCAAAUAUUGCGCAUUCCACCAAAAGCACGGCCACACUACCGACGACUGUGUGGUGGCAAAAGACCUCUUGGAAAGACUGGCUCGGCAAGGCCACCUCGACAAAUAUAUUGGAGGCCACAUGCAUAAACGUCCCACAUCUACAACCAAUGACCUACCCGAACAACCACAUCGGGGCAAAGAAAAGGCAACACCGAGUAAUUAUGAAAGGCCCCGAGGUAUAAUUAAUUAUAUUUUAGGAGGAUACGCCAGCGGAGGACACUCAAAUUCAGCUAGGAAAAGAUCAUACCGAGCAAUAUGCUCGGUGGACAGCACAGGCGGUGGAACUAAGGUCAACACCCCACUCCCACAAGUCACAUUCGCACAUGCGGACUUCAAUUCUAAUAUACAGAACCUAGAUGACCCUGUUGUCAUCACCCUACAAUUGGGAGAAUUAUUAGUAAAGAAGGUCCUCCUGGAUCCCGGAAGCAGCGCUGACGUCCUGUUCUAUUCCACAUUUCAAAAACAGGCGGAGACCUAG